CGGCCCUGGAGCGGCAGCACCAUGACAGCUCCCGGCCUCCUGGUCCCAGGCGGGGGCACCUGCCUGGUGCUGCUCCUCUCCACCCUCCUGCUGCUGACCAGCUCCAUCCAGGGAGGGCCGGAGCUCUGGGUGCUCUCCACGGCGGACAUGGAGCCGGCAGCGGGGCACCCUGCCAGCCGAGUCGCCCGCAUGACACCCUUUUGGAGAAUGGUGGGCAACAAGCCCCCGGGUGCCCACUGCCGGCACAGCCUUGAGUGCAUCACCAAGGCCUGCAGGGCAGGACGCUGCUCCUCCCCAUCCUAUGUGUGCUGAUGGCCACGGCCACCCCGGGAACGGCCUCUCCCGCAGCAGGAGCACGGAACGGCGGGCACCCCACGGACAACUGGACCCGCUGGACUCCAGAGAGGCCCCGCAGCAACACCGUGGUGGCUGCAGGUGGCCCUGAACGGGGGCAACAGCUGGAUGGGCCGGUCGUCUGGACAAUAAAACCUCUCUGCACCAUG